AGAUCCGCCUAUCCGUGCUUUCUGUCAGUCAUUGAGUGCGCACCGUACCUCCCGUUCCGCUUGAUCUUGACGCCGUUUCAACGAUCCAGGCUCACGUUGCGAAGACAUAUACAACGACUCGGAGAGCAUGCAACCACUACACUUUCCGUCUCUGACCAAUAGCCUCUCCCUUGCAUCGCUGACCCAACCUUCACGAUUGUCAAACAAUCUAAUCUGCAUACUCACAAAGCGGCGUGACUUGCACGUAAUGCGCCUAUCCUGCACUGCGCCGCAAGGCCGCAUCUGCAGCAUUAGCCGUCCAUCGUCCAUGUCGACUGCUACAUCCUUCCAUCCGAUCCGGGCAGGAUUCCCGAGCUACGCCCCAAUCCCACAUGAAGUAGAACAACAGCCCAUACAACAUGCAUUAGGCACAGGUACUGGACACUGCUGCUUUGGAUCCGCUACAGACGCAUCAUGCGCGUUCGGACCUUUUCGUCCUGCUGCUCGUGUUACCACGUACAUGUGCGUGGCAUGCACUCCGGAAUCUUGGCUUCACGCAUGGCGUAUUACGCAAACUUACUUCCGCGCGCCAUGCGAUCCAGGCGUUGGGCUGUUGGAGAGCUAGACGGUUUACGGUUGCUCACGUACUUACACGAGGCGAUGAUGCGCAUGCGCCGUUUAUUGUAAUAACACGGCUGAACCAUAGGGUGGGUAAGAUGGAUGGUGUGCAAAUCGUUCCAAGAAUGAUUACCAUCUUGAUAUCAGUGAGUGCUGUGGAUGUGGAAAGUCGUAUGCGAAGAUCUUCUCUUCUGCAUAACACAGCGUCAUCACAACAUAAGAGAAAGGCUGUGAAGG